GGGACUGGUGCUGUCUCUCUGCACGCCGCACAGAUCCAAAUCCCGGGGGGGGCAGCCGCAUAACACGCUGCCGCCGCGACCCUUCUCCCGCUGCUGAGCCCGCUGCUGUCUCGGCACCUGCGCAGUUCCGUUUGUUUGCCUUCCCCAGCCUGGACCCCAGGUAGCUCUCAAGGGCUCCGUGCGGUAGCGCCUCCGCGCCGCUCCACCGCCCGGGGCCAAACGAACGCAGCCCGCGCUGCAUGAUCGCGUGCGUCGCCCUCGGCGUCGUCGCCGCGCACGAGCCGACGCGCGACGACACCAUGGAGUACUUCGGGUUAGGUGAAGCUGAGCCGCCGUAUGACUGUACCGGUGCUACCGUCGCCGAAGUGGUUGUUGCGUUUAGUGAACACAGACCCUUGGUUUAUGGUCCCUGCCCCUUCUACGUGUCGUCUACCGUCAUACGAGACGGGAAACGCGACGUCUCGCCGCCUGCCGUGGAGAGGACGCCGGCCGAUUUACAAGCAUUAGCGCAUGCUCUGUCCGUACAUUAUCCAGGAGCUGUCGUACCACCAGUAGGCGACGCGUCGGAUGCGGGCCGAGGAGCCCAGGCAGCAAAGACGUUCAUCGAACGGUGUUUGCAACAUGAAGAACUGGGGCCCUCUCAACUACUCGUGGAAUUUUUACUACAGCGAGAGAUCACACGGUCAGUAAGAAACGCGUCGCAUAUUGGGAGCGACGUCGCGGUACGAGCCACGACGACGGCGACCUUCUACGGGAGCGACGUCAAAAAAGACGUUGAGGACGCGCGGCGCUGGUGCCUCAGCAAGGAAAAGAUGUUAGAUGACGCAAUAGCUAGAGCGACGAAGGCCGAAAGAGCCAUUCGGAAAGCGACGAAGGAGACGGCGCACUUGCUAGCUACCGGUGGUGUCUUGCUGAACCCUAGAGACGACGACGCCGCGGCCGGCGUCGUGUCCGCGUCGUGGGCCUUUCGCGACCUAAAACAUCAAGUGGGUUCACUAAGAGACGCGGCGGCCACGGUCCAGACGUUGCGGGAUCGCCUGGCCGCCGCCGAGGGCAUCCUGGAAGCUUCCAGAGAAUCUUUUGCAUCCUCGAAAGAGAAGUCGACGGCCGCGCGGGCCUUCUCGAAGUCGCAGCGCGACGUCGAUAGUGAUACAGCUAGACGCAACGCCAUCGAAAGUGUCGUGGACAACGCGUCGCGGCGCUUCGCGCACGACGCGUCUGCGUUCGUGGCCUCGUUUCCGGACAAGUGGUCGACGCUCGUCGCGGCGCUCGUCGCGGACCAGGCCCGCGCCGCGCGGGACGGGGCGGACCUGUUAGAGCAGGCGCAUGCCUCCGGCGCGGCCAAGGCGGCACCGGCAUCGCCGGCCGCCAGCGACAUGUGGCCGCCGCCGCCGCCGGGCUCGCGCAAGCUGAUCGACACGUGGCGCAAAAACGGCGAAGCACCUGCGUCGCCCGAGUCGCCUGCCACCGUCCCCGAGUCCGACUCGGACGCGCCGCUGGAGGCCGCCGAGGCGCCGGACCCCGUGCCGGCGCCGGCACCGACGCCGACACGGCCGCAGGGCAUCUCCAACAACGACGACGCGCCGGCGUGGGCGCACUCGCCUACCGGCGACCACUCGCCGCGCGCGCGGCGGAACGCCUGGGGCGGCGCCGCGUCGACCAGCGGGCUGCCCUCCUGGGCGUCGACGCCCCCCACGGAGCCGGAGCCGUCCUGGGCCGAGGACGGGAUCCGGCCGCCUAAAGUUUAGUGAUCAUUCAUGAAUUUUAUCCCUCCCCAGGUCUACCGGUCGGGAUCGC